UUAUUUUUCUUUGUUACAUCUGCUCUAUAAGAAAGGUUUUUCUUUCCUUUUGUUCGGCUUUCUGUUUUCAGACACAUGUCCAUGGACACAGAACAUAAACCAAUACAAAUGGAGGACUCUGUCCUUCAUGAUCAGUACGCUUUGGAAAUCUUGGAGCGUCGUAAAGUCGCCUUGGAAGAGAUUGACAAUGCUAAAUUUGGCUGGUUCCAUAUUCGUGCAUGCAUUGUCUCUGGUAUCGGCUUCUUCACAGAUGCCUACGAUAUCUUUGCUAUCAAUUUGGUUUCUACCAUGAUCGGUUACGUUUAUUUUCAAGACAACCACAACAAAACACCCUACAAUGUAGAUACCGCUAUCAAGGUCUCAUGUUCUGUCGGUACUGUCGUGGGUCAGUUGCUCUUUGGUUACCUUGCCGAUCGCGUCGGUCGUAAGAGAAUGUAUGGUAUUGAAUUGAUGAUUAUCAUUAUUGGUACAGUGGGUCAAACCCUCGCGGGUAACGGUCCUGCUGCCUCUUUCUGGGGUGUCAUUACCUUUUGGCGUAUCAUUGUGGGCAUUGGUAUCGGUGGUGAUUAUCCUUUAUCUUCUGUCAUUACAGCUGAAUUCGCCACCACAAAACGCAGAGGCGCCAUGAUGGCCGCCGUCUUUGCUAUGCAAGGUAUUGGGCAACUUUCGGCGGGUCUCGUAGGUCUUAUCGCUACAGCUGCUUUUCAAAAUGCCAUCAAAGCCGAUCAAACCCAACUCGACUAUGUCUGGCGUAUUGUGAUUGGCAUCGGUGCUCUUCCUGGUCUUAUCGCCUUAUACUACCGUCUUACCAUUCCAGAAACCCCACGUUUCACCAUCGAUGUGGAGCAAAAAGUCGAAAAGGGCAUCCGUGAUGCCAAGGCUUUCCUUGACAAGGGCGCUGCCGCGGGUGACUACCCCGAUAACGUCGCUGUGGCUCGUACAGACGCGUCGCCCAAAGCUUCCUGGUCGGAUUUCUGCAGCCACUUUGCUACCUGGAAGAACGGCAAAGUCCUUCUGGGCACCGCUUACUCCUGGUUCGCUCUCGACGUGGCCUGGUACGGCUUGGGUCUCAAUAACUCCAUCAUCCUGUCCAACAUCGGCUUUGGCGGUGUCUCCGAUCCUUACAUGGCCGUCUUCCGCGUCUGUGUCGGCAACAUCAUCAUCAACUUGUUGGGCUCGGUCCCUGGCUACUGGAUCUCCGUCUUCACCAUCGACGCACUCGGUCGCAAAACCAUCCAAAUCAUGGGCUUCUCCAUGCUGACCGUCAUGUUUAUCAUUCUCGGCUUUGCCUAUCACAAAAUUCUCGAGGCCUCUCACGUCGCUUUCAUCGUUCUCUACACCAUCACUCAGCUCUUUUUCAACUUCGGUCCCAACACCACCACCUUUAUCGUUCCCGGCGAAUGCUUCCCCACCCGCUAUCGAUCCACGGCCCAUGGUAUCUCCGCCGCCUCUGGCAAAGUAGGUUCCAUCAUUGCCCAAGUAGGCUUUGGCUUAUUGAAGGACAUUGGCGGUAGCAAUGCCUGGAUCGACCAUUUGCUAGAAAUCUUUGCUUUAUUCAUGUUGACCGGUCUUGCUUCUUCUUUCUUGAUCCCCGAAACAAAAGGAAAGAGUCUUGAAGAGUUGACCGGCGAGGUGUCUCCUUUAGAUAAAGAACCUGAAACACGGAACACAAACAAAGUCGUUUAUUAAUGUCAUCCCCCUCCCCCUCCCCCGCCAUUCAAUUGAACUUGUUCUCUUUUGUAUCCUUCUAUCUCAUACCUCCAUCCACUUUAUUAUUAUAACCACCCCCCCCCAGCACUCGUCUCCUAUGAAAUGUAUCUCCCUUUCUUUUUUACUGAAAGGACAUGCAAACAAAAAAGAAACUGACCAAAGAAAAAACCCUCAAAAACGAAACAACAACGACUUGGUCAGCAUGGAUCGACUUGCCUUUUUUUCUUUUUUUUUCUUUUUUUAUUGAUAGAGAAAGAUAAGAGAUACCUGAACAGACGUUAGAUACUAAAAGUAAAAAGUGAU